UUCUAUCCUUCCAGGUAGAUGUAACAAGAAAUCUAUUAGAUGGAAGUUAAGUUUAGGUGGAAAAAGGUCAUUAGAGAAGUAGAAAACGACAUUGAUAGAUACUGUUCAUCUCAUGUUAGUGCAAACACUAUGUUUGUUGUGCAGAAUUGUGUUUGGACUCAAGUCGUGUUACGUUCUUUUAGGAAGAAAAUGAUUGUUUUCUAACGGACUAAAAAUAAGAGUGGUUCCUAGCUACUUCCUAAAGUAAUUAGCACUCUUUUAAAUUCAAUGCAUGAAAGGGACAUUAUGGUGAUGGAACUGUAUAAUACUGCACAGAAGAAAAAAAUGCAUAUUUCAGAAUACAGGAAAUUAUAGAGGGCUAGUGUAGGUGCUGAAGAUAUGGUGAAAGAAAUUAACCCACUAAAUGGUGGAUCAAUAUUUGUGGAGAAGAGAAAUCACUGUGUGAUUUAUCCAGCCAAUGGCAGUAUGGUAGCAGAGUCUGUGGAAAGAAGAAACAAGCACUGGUUUGUCCAAACAAAAAUACCAAGUGAUUUGAUAGUAGAAAUUAGAGACAAAAGCUUCCACUUGCAUAAGCUCUCCAUGGUUUCAAGAAGUGGAUAUCUUAACAGAUUGGUAUUUGAAAGGAACGGGAGCAACUAUACUAGAGUUCAGAUUGAUACAGUUCCCGGUGGGGCUAACAUCUUCGAAUUAGUAGUGAGAUUUUGCUAUGGACUGAAGAUCAAAGCUACAGCUUCAACUAUUGCCCCACUGUAUUGUGCAGCUCAUUUUUUGGAAAUGAAUGAUGAUAUUCACCAAGGAAAUCUUAUUUCUAAAGCAGAGGCAUUCCUAAGCUAUGUAAUCCUUUCUUCAUGGAAAGACACAUUUAGGAUCUUGAAAAGCUGUGAAUCAGUUUCAUCUUGGUCUAAAGAUUUGCACAUUGUCAAACGUUGCACGGAAGCCAUUUCUUGGAAAGCUUGUUCAGAGACUGGAGUGAGUAGUAUAGAAGACGAUGAAGUGUUGGUGAAUGUCAUGGCAGAUGAUACAACCAAGUUGGUGAAGUUGUGUGGGAAUUGGUUUUUCAAGGAUUUUUCAUCCCUCCGGAUAGAUCAUUUUAUCGAAGUAAUUUCAAUGAUCAAAAAGAGAAAGAUUAAGCCAGAGCUUGUGGGGUCAUGUAUAGCUCACUGGACAAAGAAGUGGAUUUCUCAAAUCACAGUUCCACAAGAGAAAUCGAAAGAUCAAGAAUUGGCCAUCCAACUACACAGAGUGACAACUGAAUGUCUGAUGAGGGUGCUUCCUGCUGAGGAAGACUCAGUGUCCAGCAAUUUUCUGCUUCAUCUUUUCAAGAUUGGGCUAAUUAUGAACAUUGAUCCCAAAUUAAAAGACCAGCUCAAGACAAGAAUAGCUCUCAUGCUGGAAAAAUGUAGUGCUAAAGACCUUCUAGUCAGGAACAGUACAACUCUUUUCGACUUGGACAUUGUUGUUCAAGUGGUAGAAGCUUAUGUCUCUCUUGCACCAAAUAAUCCCAAGUCAAGAAUGUGUGUUGUCGGGAGGCUAGUGGAUGACUACCUCGCCCUCAUAGCGAGGGACGAGAACCUUGUAGCAAGAAGCUUUUCCUCUCUUGUAAAUGCAUUGCCAAAAGAAGCAAGAUUUUGUGAUGACAACCUAUAUAGGUCGAUAGACAUGUACCUCGAGGAACAUCCUGACCUAAUAGAAGAAGAAAGAAGCAGCAUAUGCAGAAAAAUGGAGUACCAUAAGCUAUCACAGGAAGCGCGAACACAUGCCUUGAAGAAUGAUAGGCUGCCAGAUAACAUCAGGACACGAUUUGUACUUCUUGAACAAGUCAAUAUGACAAGGUUACUAACUUCAGAUGGUUCAAGUUACCAGAGAACUUCGUCAGAAACCAUAAUGAAAAUCAGCAACGGUCUGGGCAAGAGUUGGAUGAAUUCCUCCCAGAAUGAAAUGAAAGCGAUGAAACAAGAGGUUGAUAUGUUAAAGGCUCAAGUUGGUGAAUUGCAGCAACGUAGGAUGAAGCUUCAAAGGCAAACAAAGAAAUCUGUCUUUUGUUAGUUCGUUAUGUUUCAUGUUUGCUAGGGAUCUGGUUCCUUGGUUCUAAUUGUUGUAAUCUUCACUGAUAAUGAAGCCUACAAUAUUUCGAAGUGUUUUUGGUUAAUCCCCCCGUAUAACCUGUAUAUUAAUAACCAAAAAUGAAGACAAAGAAAAGGGGACAAUAGUAGCUUUAACUCCUCAAAUCCUACAUGAGGGUUAAACGGCCUCAACCCUUUACAAAAUGAACAAUGAACCUGCUUAGUAUAAUUAGUGUGUUAUGCAAUGAAUUUUAAUCAAUGAUUGGGAAGACCUCUCCCUUUUGUAUCAAGAAGCUUGGAUAAGCAUUAGUUAAGCUUACAAAAAUUUUAUAGUUAAGAUUAGAGAUAUACAUCAACAUCGUUCAAUAAAAGACUUUUUAACACGUC